UGAGUAUAGAGGACAUGGCAGUUGAGCAAAAUUGAUUUUAGUAUUAAGUGAUCUUCAGUAAAAGAACUAUAAGAAUGUUCAAAUCAGUAGCUUUUGCUUUCGUUAUUGUUGCUUUUUUGGCAGUAAGCAGCUAUAGUGCUCCCCCUGUGGAAGAUAACGUUUAUCCAGAUACUGAGUCUCAUUUGAGGGUACGUAGAGCAACCUGCGAUCUUGGUAGCUUGUCAAUAUUUGGAGUUCAAUUAAACCAUGCAGCUUGUGCAGCUCAUUGUAUUGGACAUGGCAAUCGUGGAGGUUAUUGUAAUGGACAAGCCGUUUGCACGUGCAGAAAUUAAAUUUUGAUUUUGUUAAAAAGAACAAAUAUGUGUAUAAAAGUUUAAAUUAUUUAUAAAUGACAUUAUAAUUAAUAAUCACAAUUUUAAAUUUUAUAUUAAUAAAUUAGUAUAUGGUCAGCUUUA